AUGCUUAACCUUUUGGAUAUCGAGCCCAAGACUACCAUAUACCAUAAACUACCUUUAAAAAACCUUGAUGGCGAUGAAUGUGAUUUAUUAUUGAUGAUCCCGGGUAAUCCAGGUUUAAUAGAGUUUUAUAUGACUUAUCUUGAUUUAAUCCAAGAGCAAUUCCCAUACAUGGAGAUUCUUGGAAUUAGCCAUGCCGGAUUUUCUGGAUCUGCAAUAUCUGAAAAAACGUACGAUUUAAGCUUUCAAAUAAGCCAUAAGUAUGAUAUAGUUAAGAAAUUUAUAUUAGACAAAUAUGCUAGUGCGGGGAAGAAAACCAAUCUUUACACAUUGGCACAUUCUAUGGGUUGUUAUGUCUACCAGCGUGCUCUUUGGGAAAUUCUCCAUGAUAAAGAACUUGAUGGGAAGGUUACAGUUAAAUUUAGUGGAUUGAUUACUCCUACAAUUUUAGAUAUUGCCCAGUCACCCCUGGGAACAAAAGUGAAUUUUAUGAUAAAUUGGAAUAUCCCAUUUAUUUGGUUUGCGUUAUUAUUAUGCAGCUUUUUAAACUUAAUUUUGAGUGAAGAAGCCAUGCAAAAUGUUGUGGCAUUACGGUUAAUCCCGCGACGCAAGAGAAAAGCUCUUGGCGUGGAAAAUUCAAUUGUUGGGGGAGUUAAGCUUUUAAAGUCUAAAGAAAUAAUUAACCAAGCUUUGACAUUAGCACUGGAAGAAAUGAAGGAGAUCAAUCUGGAUCAUAAAAUAAACGAUUGGUACUUUCAUCAUUUGCUGGAUAAAAAAUGGGUUUUCUUUGCCAAUAAAGAUCGUUGGAUCGGUAACAAAACCAGAGAAUAUUUAAUCCAACAAUAUGGAAAUGGCUCUGGGCAGAAAUUUGAAAUUUGUAACAACAAAUCUGAACCUAUUAUGCAUAAUUUCUGUGUUAGUCAAAGUGAAGAAUUUGCUGAUAUUACUGUGAACAGAAUUAAGGCGCUUUGUGAGUCAGACUAA